CUCCACCUCCACCUCCUCCUCCCCCAAGCCCACGUGGCAGCUGGGCAGGGUGCUGCUGGCCCAGCCCGGCGGCACGACUCGGCUGGGGCAAGGUAUAACAAAACCAUGAGUCCUCUUCAGCAGAAAAUCCAGCAUUGCAGGAAUCUGGCUGGGACGAAGCUCCCCCCUAUUUGUGAUUGCUGUUAUGACUGAACAUUGGACAUACGGAUUAGUAUGAAGGGCAGGACAUUUCCUCCAAGUGACACCAUGGCUACAAGAAGUGAUGGGCAUGUACAGGAGCUCUUCCACGAGGAGGCACAACAGGUAUCUCAAACACAGACCAAGCCCUGGUGGAAGAUACAGGUGUUCGUCUGGGAGCCGGUGCUUUUUGGAACUUGGGAUGGUGUCUUUACAUCUUGUAUGAUCAACAUUUUCGGAGUAGUUCUUUUUCUGAGGACCGGCUGGCUAGUGGGAAACACCGGGAUAUUAAUGGGCAUGUUUUUGGUGUCCUUUGUUGUCUUGGUUGCCCUGGUAACAGUGUUGUCUGGAAUUGGAGUUUGUGAGCGAUGCAGCAUCGGAAGUGGAGGAGUCUAUUCCAUGAUUUCUACUGUCCUCGGUGGCCAAGUUGGAGGGACCAUUGGCCUCCUUUAUAUUUUUGGCCAGUGUGUUGCAGGUGCGAUGUAUGUGACCGGCUUUGCGGAGUCCAUCUCUGACUUGCUGAAUCUCAGUAAUAUUUGGGCAGUUCGAGGCAUUUCUCUGGCAGUCCUCCUUGGCCUACUUGGUAUUAACCUGGCUGGUGUUAAAUGGAUAAUCCGACUACAGCUGUUGCUGCUCUUUCUGCUUGCUGUUUCCACGCUGGACUUUGUCAUCGGAUCAUUCACACACCUGGAUCCAGAGCAUGGCUUUGUGGGAUACUCCGAAGAACUAAUGUUUAACAACACGCUGCCAGAAUACAGCCCAGGGGAGUCCUUCUUCACUGUUUUUGGAGUGUUUUUCCCAGCUGCUACAGGUGUCAUGGCUGGAUUCAAUAUGAGCGGAGAUCUCCAGAAGCCUGCUACCAACAUCCCAUUAGGGUCUUUGGCUGCUAUAGGCACCUCGUGGUUUCUGUAUAUGGUCUUUGUUUUUCUGCUGGGAGCCAUUUGUACCCGGGAGUCACUCCGCUAUGACUUCAUGAUUGCAGAAAAGGUGUCCCUGGUGGGUUUCUUGUUUUUGCUGGGGUUGUAUAUCUCAUCCUUAGCUUCCUGCAUGGGCGGUCUGUAUGGAGCACCCCGAAUUCUGCAGUGCAUCGCCCAGGAAAAAGUGAUACCUAUCCUCGCAUUUCUUGGACAUGGGAAAGGACCUAAUAAGACACCAGUGGCUGCAAUUUGCUUAACGAGUCUCAUCACCAUGGCUUUUGUCUUCGUUGGGCAAGUGAACGUCCUUGCUCCCAUAGUCACCAUCAAUUUCAUGUUAACAUACAUUGGUGUGGAUUAUUCCUAUUUCUCAGUCUCCAUGAGUUACAGCCUUCAGCAGAAGUCCAGGAGGACCCAAAAGGAGACUUCGAGGUCCGCCCACUGUUCCCAGCCUUUAAUAUUUAACAAACCUUCCAGGUAUGGGUCAGAUGGAAUAGUUCAAAGCAGGACAGAUGGCACCUUGCUAGAAUUCACAAAAGAUAUGGACCAGCUCUUUAAACCUUUCAAUAAAGACCUGGGGACUCGGAAAGAAGACGAAGAGAAGGAUAAGGAUGUAAGCCAAAAGGUCAAGCCAAAAAAGAUAAAGAAACCGGCAAAACAAACACUGCAAGAUAGCUUUCUCCUGGAUCUUGAUCGUCAUGUUUCCCCUGCUCAUGACUGUGAUGCUAAAUCAUUGGAGCUGAGUGAGGAACGUCAACAGAGCUUUGCUGAGCAGAAUCAGCCGUGCGAAAGGAGUCCGCGUUUGUCGCCAGCUCGGGACCCCAAGCAAAAGUGUGGCGAUGAGCUCAUGGAAUAUGGAGACGAGCUUUUUAAUGAGAUGCAGGAUCCCUGCAAUCAGCAAGUGGAAGAUUCAAACGGAAAGCAACAAAAUCAAGAACUAGAAAUUCAGAGGAUGCCAGAGUCCUUCUACUCCAGACUUUGCAAUCGCUGGGUUUCCUUGGCUGGUGCUAUUGGAUCGCUUGUGAUAAUGUUCAUCAUUCAGUGGAUCUAUACCCUUGUUAAUUUGGCUGUAGCAAUUAUUCUGUAUUUCUAUAUUGGCCAAGUGAAUCCGGGUCUACCCCCUGGGGCAGCUGCUAACUUCAGUUUCUUCAAAUGGAUUAAGUUACUUUUGAGCAAUUUAUGCAGGAGAAGGCCAUCCCCAGAGGAGCGGAUUGUUGUGACACCGUCCUUUGCAACAGUUGGCAUGGAGACCACUCAGCUCACUGAAGAGAAUGCAGAUUUUGCCUCCCGGGACCGCUACCACCAUUCCUCGGUUAUCAGCAGAGCCGAGUUUGUGAAUCAGUUCCAGUAGAGGAGGAGGAAAAGAAAAAGAUCAAGGCGUUCACGCCAGAAGUGAUCGGUGCUGCAGCGCCUGGUCUCUUACUUGAACGCUCUGAAAUGAUGCAAGCCAUUUUUUAACAUUUCCACAGUUUGGGGGUGUUCCCCCAAAAAAGUUUUCAAUCCUCCUUUCCAAUCCAAAUCUUGUCUAGUUAAGGGGGGAGAAAAAUAACAGUCCGUAGGGAAGUUCAUUUGUUUGCAGGAUGAAGAAUUCAGCUAACUAUUAAACUCUAAAUGCUA